GGAAGAGCCUCAGGGCAGAGCGCCUAUUAAAGAGCCUCGGCCCCGGCUGCCAAACAAGCAAACAUGAUCUGGAGAGCCAACCCUUCACUGGAGUUUCUCUAUCACGUCACUCUUUGACACGUUCGGGGCCCCUUUGCUCUCACCGACAUCUCAAGAUGAAGUUCACCACCGCCAUCGCCCUGCUGGCGUCGACGACGUCUGUCUCGGCCCAGUGCCAGCUCCCGUCCACAUACUCGUGGACCUCGAGUGGCCCGCUCGCCCAGCCCAAGAGCGGCUGGAGGUCGCUCAAGGAUUUCACCCACGUCAACUACAACGGGCAGAACCUUGUGUACGCCACCUACCACGACGGCAGCAAGUGGGGAUCCAUGGCCUUCAGCCCCUUCAGCAGCUUCUCGAGCAUGGGCUCCGCCGCCCAGAACACGCAGAACGCCGCCGCCGUCGCGCCCACGCUCUUCUACUUUGCGCCCAAGAGCAUCUGGGUCCUGGCCUACCAGUGGGGAGGCGCCGGCACCUUCACCUACAAGACGUCGAGCAACCCGACCAACCCCAACGGCUGGGGUGCUGCGCAGACGCUCUUCACCGGCACCAUCUCGGGCUCCGGCACGGGCCCCAUCGACCAGACCCUCAUCGGCGACAGCCAGAACAUGUACCUCUUCUUCGCCGGCGACAACGGCAAGAUCUACCGGGCCAGCAUGCCCAUCGGCAACUUCCCCGGCAACUUUGGCAGCUCGUCGACCAUUGUGAUGAGCGCGGGCACCAACGACCUGUUCGAGGCCGUCCAGGUCUACACCCUCAAGGGCCAGAACAAGUACCUCAUGCUGGUUGAGGCCAUCGGCUCGCGCGGCCGCUACUUCCGCUCCUUCACCGCGACGUCGCUGUCCGGCUCGUGGACCGCGAACGCUGCGACCGAGAGCAACCCCUUUGCGGGCAAGGCCAACUCGGGAGCCUCCUGGACCAACGACAUCAGCCACGGCGACCUGCUCCGCAGCAACCCGGACCAGACCUUCACCGUCGACCCGUGCAACCUCCAGCUCCUCUACCAGGGCCGCGACCCCAACGUCAACCCCGACUACCCCCUCCUCCCUUACCGCCCCGGCCUUCUCACCCUCCGGGGCGCUACCGGAGGCCAGCCAGUGCGGCGGUCAAGGAUACAGCGGACCGACAUGCUGCCAGUCGGGGACGUGCACGGUAUCUAACCAGUGGUACUCGCAAUGCAUCUAAGGCGGGAAGCGCUCUAGGUCGCAGCUGAUCAAGUCCAGCAGCGACGAUGACAGCAGCAAAGAUAAGCUUCCCUUUUCUCUCUUGACAAAAUUUUUUCUCUAGUUCCCACGCCAGCCAGACGACGGGUGGGGGGAUGAGUCACGACGAACAUGGUGGAUGAGCAGGACGAUGGGAAUCGGGUAGAAGACGUGAGUGUUUGUGGACCAGCGCGUGUUGUCCCAUAUUCAUCUCAGAGGCAUGCGCGGUCCUCAUCACGCGCACGGCUUCGCGGUUCGUUCAUCUCCUGGAUGAGGGGGAGGUUUGUGCCAGUCAGCAGUACUGUGCAUCGUAUCAUAUUCCAUUCUUGAGCUGUACAUAGCUUUCACUUAUCAAAUGACAUAUCUUGUUGGUGCUUGAA